GACAGCACCUUCUCAGCUGAGCGGCCUUCAGCAGAUGAAUCAACUGUCAGCAAUACCUUGCCCUUGGAUUUCACCAAACCAGAUUCCACUGCAGAUAGCCAGCAGUCUAGUGACAAUGAAAUCCGGCCAAGACCAGAAAAUCUGGACUCUGAGGCCAGUUUGGCGCCUGAAGCUCCGCUCUCCUCAGAGGCUGAUGUUACUUCGUUGCCUGAUGGGCUGAAUUUAGAGGAUGGCAAUUGGACUCCUCAUUUGGUCACUGCUCCAGCGUUAGGUGAUUCUGUGGACUCUCUGGAAUGGCUUUCAGCCCCCAGCUCUUUAGAUGUGUUUGAAGAAACUGAACUAUCUGAAGACCUUCUCUUGCCUUCAAGUCCUCCUCACCUCGUGCCUGAGGAACCUUCAGCUACAGAUGAUAAUGAAGUUCCUCUGCUUUCUGCACCAACAGCGGCCUCUUCGUCAGACAUAGAGACUGAUGUUAAGGAAACAGUCUCCAUGGAGAAGGAAGAAGUAACUCAGGGUAGUCCUACAGGUGGUACCAACGCAGACUCUGUGUUGCCCGAGUCUGCAGAAGAAAUUCCUUUUCCCAUAGAAGUGCACCCUAUGGAAGAUGAAAGUGAUGUAUAUAUCGGAGUUAGAGUUACUGAUGAUGAUGGGUCUGGUUCAGCUUUUGAUGGUUCGGGAAGAGAAAUGGAAUCAAGUAUUUGGCCUUGGGAAGAAGCAACACUGGAACCAGUUUUCUACCCUGGUCCUGAUAGCUGGCUUGAAGAUGACAAUGAGUCUUUGUUAAUCAGAACUGAGGAUAAUAUUCCUGAAGGCAUGAUCUUAGACUAUAUUCUUAACUCUGGGAAUAAAAUAGAUGAUGAUGCUUCCGAAGAUGAGAAUGAAGGUAUGGCCAAUAAAAAAGAUGAUUUCCUUGAUGAGUCUGAAAUAUUUGUCUUUCCAGAGACUACAACCCAGCAGGUGUCUCUGUUACCAACAGAAGAGCCAUCUACAAGGACAGAAACAUCGAGCCCAUAUGAUUCUUCUUUUAUUAAACCAUCCUUGGUUUUGGAGCCAUCAGUGGACCAGUCCUUUCUAGACACGCCAACUGGAGAGCCCCCUCUCUCACCCCACAAUACAGGUCUGUCUCUGGAAGAUAGUCUCCUUACACCUACAGGGACCGUCAGUAUGGAGCAGCCUGAAGAAUCCAGUGUAGGUCAGAACAUCAUUUCUGAAGGAGCUGGAGACCAAAACGAAGACAGGACCAUGGUAGAACUAUUCACAGUGGGGCAGUCAGAUGUAACUGAAGCUGCUACAAUAGGCCACUUGGACACAGGCUCUUCAGGAGCUGUUCUGACGGCAGAUCCUUUCACGGUAAACCCUGGUGUUGCCAUGGUAAACCCUGAUGCUUCCACAGAAGAGCAGCAAACCCUAGAUUCAUCGCUGGCAAGCCAAGACACUACUGGAUCAGCGGUGACGAAACCAUCUGAUGCUUGGCCUGCUGACAGAGCACCAGAAAACUCCUUAGAUCAGACAGUGCAGUCAGCAGCGCCAGCUGCCACGCAUGUUUCAGCUGCAGCUCCUUCUGCAGUAGAUCAGACCACUGUUCCGGAGGGCUUCGCUGAGCAGGAUGGUACAGACCAUGACACGCGUGUUUCCACCGGCUUCAGCACGUACGUCACAGUGAGCGUAACACCAAGCACUGCUGACCUUCUGUCCCAUCUCCCUCCUGUGGGAUCCACGGCAUCAUCGCCUGCGGCUACCUCAGCAGAGCUGGGAGAUGAAACGACAGGAGUCCUGGACGUGUCAGUGGACCUGGAUCACGUGAGCACUGUCCACUUUUCCCCUGCGCUGACUGAGGAGGGAAGGAGCAUGACCGAAAGUCACGUGGAGCUAACGACUCGUGUCCAGUCCACAGAAAUGGCCAGCGUGGCUUGGGCCACACAUGACAAUCGCAAUAGCACCCCUGUCUCGUCACGAGCUCUAGUCGUGUUUUUCAGCCUUCGGGUCACCAACAUGAUGUUCUCGGAGGACCUGUUUAAUAAAAACUCCCCUGAGUACAAAGCGUUGGAGCAGCGAUUCUUGGAACUACUGGUGCCCUACCUUCAGUCAAAUCUGACGGGCUUCCAGAACCUGGAAAUCCUCAACUUCAGAAAUGGCAGCAUCGUGGUGAACAGUCGAAUGAAAUUUGCUAAACCUGUGCCUCGGAACGUCACCAACGCCGUGUACAUGAUCCUGGAGGACUUCUGCAACACCGCUUAUCACACCAUGAACCUGGCCAUCGAUAAAUACUCCCUGGAUGUGGAAUCAGGUGAGCAAGCAGAUCCCUGCAAGUUCCAGGCCUGCAACGAGUUCUCCGAAUGCCUAGUGAAUCGCUGGAGUGGGGAAGCGGAGUGUGUCUGCAACCCUGGCUACCUGAGCAUCGACGGGCUGCCAUGCAGUUCCAUCUGCAAUCUGCAGCCCAACUUCUGCCUGAAUGACGGGAAGUGUGACAUUAGCCCCGGGCAAGGGGCCAUCUGUAGGUGUCGGGUGGGCGAGAACUGGUGGUACAGAGGGGAGCACUGCGAAGAAUACGUGUCUGAGCCACUGGUUGUGGGUAUUGCAAUUGCUUCUGUGGCAGGAUUCCUUCUUGUGGCCUCUGCCGUCAUCUUCUUCUUGGCCAGGACCCUUCGAGACCAGUACACAAAGAGCGACACCGAGGACUCACAGGGGCAGGGUGACAGCCUCUCGUCCAUGGAGAACGCCGUUAAAUACAACCCCAUGUAUGAAAGUGAUACGACUGGCUACAGCCAUUACUACCGGCGGUACCCUCAGCUAACAUCCUACAGUUCCACCAGUGCGGAGACGUCCACCGACUACAGCAGUGAGGAGAUCAGGCACAUCUAUGAAAACAGUGAGCUCACUAAGGAGGAAAUACAGGACAGAAUUCGAAUUAUAGAGCUCUACGCUAAAGACCGUCAGUUUGCGGAGUUCGUUAGGCAGCAUCAAAUGAAGCUGCUCUAAGGAAAAAAGAAAUGGCUAGAAUGCAUGUGGGAGAUCAAGACUACCUUGUUGCCAUAGCAAUGGGCUCAGAUGUAACUGCAAAGUUACUUAUAGUCUUAACUGCACGGGUGGAUACAGAUGUUUUCUAAAUGAACGGCUAAAAUGUACAGAUGUCUGUUUAUCUCAGUUUCUUCUGGCUUUUCUGUGCAAAGUGACGCUUUUAAAAGGUGAUCCGAACAGGCAGAGGUUAUGAAAGUUCAUUUUCCUUCAACUCUGAAACAGACAGUGAAAGCUUGUAUACCAA